GUACAGGGGGCGCGUCUGCAAAGGGAAGCGGGUUUCAAUUUCAAACCCAAAUAGUCCUAGGGACGAGCCAGUGGUUUGUGGGACAGCGCUAAUACGAGAUAGUCAUACUACCGCGUUUAAUCAUAACAACUAUAACACUAUUCAGACAACGUCUGUAUAUUUAUUCCCCGUCGUGGUAAAAGUGCGUUACCCACUGCGUCUUCGCUCCAGUUUUUCGCGCCCAGUGUUAAUUUUGGAUAACAAACCGUCGCCUGCCUUGCUUGUUGCAGGUGUUGUUGACCACUACGGAUACUUUGCCAUAUUGCUCAUAUAUCUGAGAUUUCAACAUGCCGAGGUCCAACAGGCAAAAGGAAUACAAACCCGGAGAUCUUGUGUUCGCUAAAAUGAAGGGGUAUCCACACUGGCCUGCAAGGAUUGACGAGUUACCUGAAGGAGCUGUAAAGUCGCCUUCAAACAAGUACCAAGUGUUCUUUUUUGGGACACAUGAGACGGCAUUCCUGGGGGCCAAGGAUUUGUUCCCGUAUGAUGAAUGCAAGGAGAAGUUUGGUAAAGCAAACAAGAGGAAAGGAUUUGCUGAGGGACUCUGGGAGAUUGAGAACAACCCCACCGUCACGCAUGAAGGCUACGAGUCAUCAAAGAAGGACAACACGUCAGAAGGAGCAGGGGAUACAGGCAGUUCAGAAAAAGCAGAUGCCGAGGGCAGCAGUGACGAGGAUGAAGGUGCCCUGGUCAUUGACGAGAAGAAUGAGAGGGGAGGAACCAAACGAAAAGCAGAGGAGUCCACGGAGACAUCUCCCAAGCGGCCAAAGGAUACAGAUGCGGAAGGUGACUCUAAAGUAGACGGCAGCCAGUCUAACAUGGAGCCCAAGCUCAACGAUGUGGCUGGACCCAAGGCAACUGCUCCGAGCGAGUCAAAUCCGGAGGGCCAGGAAAAUGCUCCAGCAGGGGGCCAGCAAACAGCAGAUAAGCCUGUGACAGACAGCGCUUAACAGCGACUCAGAAGAAAACCACAAACCUUUGACGCUUCUCUCUGGAAUUUAAGCAUCAACACAAUUACCUGCAGGAUGCCAGAUUUCAGCUGUUUAAUUAAUAAGAGAAUUUUAAAACACAAAACAACCUAAAUGUUUGUAUUGAGUGACAAACAAAUCCUCAUUUGCCAUUUUUUGGGAUAUCAUAUAUCCCAGAAAGAAAAAGUUUGCUAAUCAGAUUUCAAACAAUUGAACCGAGCACUUUAAGGCUCAUUUAUAAAUGGGAUUUUGGUGUGUAUAUAUUUUUUAUUUCUAAGUGCAAUUACAAUGACUGAAUGCUAGGUGUCAAAACAUUUUUUCAGCUUAGAGGGGAUAAACACUGAAUAUAUGGUAAAUAAAAAAACAAACAUUUAAAUCACAAGGAGAAAAAAAUUUAUUUGACAAAUGCUCCCAUUUGAUGGUUUUAAAACGUAGAUAUUGUACAGGAGAGAAACACAUUUUCACCACAUCUCUUAGCUUACGUUCAUGAUUUUACUGCUUCCAUUUGUAUCACCUAGCUUGUCAGUCUCAUUUAAAUCAUUUAUUCUGUCACUGGAAACAUGAUUGAAUAUUCUUUUUUUUUUUUUUCUGACCCCAUUAUUUGUCUGUUUUGCCCUAUGACAUUUUUAUGCAAAUGCGUUGUUUUGGUGUGUAUGCUUGAUUGCAAGUGACCAAAGUACGUGAUUCAUUUCACAGGAAGCCGUAUAUGGAAUUGAUUAAAUCCCAUUCAAGGACUAUUUUAGGAUUUAAAAUGUUACUUUUUUUUUUUUUUUUUACAGUUUAGCCCCUCUGUAAUUCAGUUUAGGCCUCAGUCACACAAGCCUAGAGACUAAUUGGCAACCACCUGGGGGGAAUAAAAAAAAAGGUGCAUUUCACAAUUGAUUGGCAAGUGGUUGUUGACAGGUGCUAGGUGAAACUGGCUGCAAAGAGGUAUAUGGUGCUGCACUGAAAACCACCUUGUGAUUGCGUUGGUUGCUAGCCAAUUGCUGCGGUCACCCGUGGUUUGUGUGGAAGACACUGACUUGUCUGCAAACACUUGCCAGCUACUUGCUGAGCGGUAGUGUGACUUGAAAUAGAGCAGGCAAAUCAGAAACUGAGACCAGUCUCCUUCAGAGUAAAAGUUGCAUUUUUUUUUUUUAAGCAUUUGUUUCAGUGGUGAGGUGCAACUUUUAAUCUGAAGGUGAACGUUCUCCAUUUCUAGUGUCUUACUUUUUCAAAUUUCACUGCCACUCAGCUAGUAGUAGGCAAGUGUUUGCAGACAAAUUGUCUUCCAUCCAAACAACAGCUGACCCUGGCAAUUUGCUAGCAACCAAAGCAAUCACAAGGAGGUUCAUGAUGCAGUAUAAAAGAUGGACUUACCUACCAUGACAUCACCUGUUGGUUUGAAGUCCCGUUUUUACGAUUUUCCACUGCUGACAUCUUUGCUGCAAAACACGGAUUUGGCAAGGAGGGGCGGGUCUGACUGUGAAACCACAUGCUCAUUGGCUAAUGGCUUGUGACUGGCAUUUCAUUAGCUAAUGAGCAUGCAGUUUCAUACUACAGAUAAUCCUCCCAAAACUGGCUUGCAUUUCAAGCCAGUGUGAUCUAGAAUUAGUGACUGAAUCCAUCAACACAACAGGAAAAUGCCAUCUGGUGGCCUUCAGAUAGAAUGCAGGUUUAAGGCAUUAAAGGGGUUGUUUGGGAGUUACUGACUUGUCUUCAGGCCUGUGUGACUGAGGCCUUAGCUAAUAAUGUGUGUUGUUGAAAGCAGAGAGACAUUCCUGUAUGAUGUUGUCUGAGCAGAAUCUGGAAACUUGCAGCAGGUCUCCCAGACAUGGAUUAAAUCUAGUCCUAGACUUAAAAGU